UCACAUGCUCAUGACAUCAUCAAAGGUCCUUAGCUUACUAGGAUGUCUUCUCGCUGUGUGUACUGUUACUAAAGCUUCCAGGAUCAAACAUGGCUGCCUCCGCAGUUCAUCUUUCACAUGCGGCUUUUUCUGCCAACCGGUGCCCGCAGUGUGUGAGCUGGAGCCGGGGUGAUGUACUGGCGUUUGGGACCUGUCACUCCCUAGUAUUGUACAGCCCUCAGAAAAAGACAGUGGUAUCUACUUUAAAUGGACACACUGGGCGGGUCAACUGUGUGCAUUGGAUUCAGCAACCUGACUGCAGUGCCGAAACAGAGCUUGUGUCUGGUGGGUCUGAUAAGAAGGUGAUCAUUUGGAAGACAAGUAAUUCUCAGCUUGUGCAUAGUGAAGUACUGGAUGGUCACACUGAGGCUGUGUGCGCAGUUUACGCUGUGUACAGGACAUCAAACUAUGAGCAUGAUCUUCUUGUGGCCUCAGCCGCAUCAGACUGCACAGUUAAAAUAUGGAUAAGAAACAAGUCAAUAACUGAAUGUCUUCAAACCUUGUCUUUCGGAAAUGGAUUUGUUCUGGAUGUUUGCUUAUCUGUAUUACCUUCAAGUGGAGUCCCAGUUUUAGCUUGCGGAGGAGAUGAUAGCCGGGUUCAUUUGUAUGUAAAGCAGGAUGGGCAGUUUCAGAAGACACAAGUCCUCCACGGACAUGAGGAUUGGGUGAGAGGUGUGGAGUUUGCUACUAAUGGCCAGGAUACGUAUUUGGCAAGCUGUGCCCAAGAUUCACUUAUACGUAUAUGGAAAAUAUUUCCUAAAUCUACAAUGGAAACUCUUAAAAUUGAUGAUGACGAUAAAGAAGACUACAUCAGACUCAAGGAGAACAUACUUACAGUUAAAGAAGAGGAGGAAGAGUUCACUUACGCAGUUACCUUAGAAUCUGUCUUGACCGGUCAUGAGAGCUUCGUGUAUGCUGUGCACUGGCAGCCAUCUUUCUUGAAAGCAGAUGGCAGCAUUGUACAACCCAUGAGCCUCUUAUCUGCAUCAAUGGAUAAAACCAUGAUCCUGUGGGAGCCAGAUGAGGAGACUGGAGUAUGGCUGGAGCAGGUACGUGUUGGAGAAGUUGGAGGGAAUACUCUAGGUUUUUAUGGUUGUCAGUAUAGCCCAGAUAAGUCGAUGAUUCUUGCUCACGCAUUUCAUGGAGCCCUGCACUUGUGGAGUCGAAAUCCUGAGAAACAUGAGGAAUGGAUUCCUAUGGUUGUGAUCUCUGGACAUUUCAACAGUGUUCAUGGACUGAGGUGGGAUCCUGAAGGAGAAUUUAUAAUAACAGUAGGCACAGACCAAACUACCAGGCUGUUCGCUCCCUGGAAAAGAAGUGGCCAGGCACAGGUAACUUGGCAUGAAAUAGCAAGACCUCAGAUUCAUGGCUACGAUAUGCAGUGUCUUGCAAUGAUUGGAAGAUUCCAGUUUGUAUCAGGAGCAGAUGAGAAAGUCCUCAGAGUGUUUUCUGCGACAAAGAACUUCAUUGAAAACUUCAGUCGCAUUUCUGAUAUGUCAAUGGACAAAAUCCUUUUAAAUGACCACUCCAAUUUUCCCGAAGGUGCUACUGUGCCUGCUUUAGGUUUGUCCAAUAAAGCAGUCUUUCACGGGGAUUUGAAUUCAGUGUCUGCUCAAGAGGCAGGAACAUUCAACAGUGUGUCUGACCAGUAUUCUCAGUUUUAUUUCCAGCCUCAUGUCCUUACAGAGCCCCCGACAGAAGAUCACUUGUUGCAGAACACACUGUGGCCUGAGGUUCAAAAGUUGUAUGGACAUGGCUAUGAAAUUUUCUCUGUGGCUUGUAACAGCGCUGGAACAAUAAUUUCUUCAGCAUGUAAGGCUUCCAAAAAAGAACAUGCAGUGAUUAUUCUGUGUAGCACCACAAGCUGGAAGCAGAUCCAGAGCUUGUCUUUUCAUAACCUGACUGUUACCCAGAUGGCAUUUUCUCCCGAUGACAAAUUCCUAUUAGCAGUUUCCAGAGAUAGAAAUUGGUCCCUGUGGAGGAAACAGGAGGAAAUUGCAACAGAGUCAGAACCACAGUUUAGAUUGUAUGCAAACACUGACAAGAAUACUUCUGUUCAUACACGAAUCAUUUGGUCAUGUGACUGGACUCCGGACAGCAAAUUCUUUGUAACAGGAAGCAGAGACAAAAAGGUGAUCGUAUGGGGUGAGAAAAGCUGUGCAUCUGUCAAGCCUUGCUCUACACUUCUGGAUACAGAAGACUCUGUCACUGCUGUUAGUGUGAACCAAGUAAUUGCUUCUCAGGGAAGCUACAUCAUUGCCAUUGGAUUAGACUGCGGCAAGAUUACUUUAUACAAAUGGCAACACAACCUUGCACCUAAUGACUGGAUAAAGGCUUAUGAGAUAGAACAGAGCCUUUGUCACACUCUGACUGUCAAGCAGCUCAGCUGGAGAAGCAAGCCAGGUCGUGCUGGACAUGAUGAUCCGGACAAUGGAGAGUGGUUGCAGCUGGCAAGCUGUGGAGCAGAUCAUGGUGUUAAGAUAUUCAAUGUUAACAAGAGUAUAUUCUCAUUAUAAAAGCUACUUGGAGGAGCGAACAUAAUUUAUAUAUGAGCUAGCACGGCCAGUGCUGAUAGAUCAUGGCUUCAAAGAAGCUAAAUGCCAUUUUAGUUACAAUUGCAGAUCUGGAGAGUUCUUUAUUAAACAUGACAAUAAAUAAUCUAUAGAACAACAGACAUUUGGAUAUUGCCACUCAAACUUUUAUUUAAAAUAUAACAUUCCGAUUGUAGGACUAUUCUAAGAAUCCUUUUUUGAUAGUUUAAUCUAUUCUACGCUGUCUUAAAAUUGUGUUAAAGUUCAGAUUGUGUCACAUUUGCCUUCAUACUGAUGAAUGGAUUACAUAAAUGGAGAGCACUUUCUCAUCAUUCCUAUCUCACUAUCUAGAUUUAAAAGAAAGUCUAUACGAGUUGGCCUUUUCUAUGAAUUAUUCUUAAAAUUGUCAAUGGUGAUGUGAACAGCAGGCUGCCUGGCAGCAGGGAGACUUCUUACUGCAGGCUCAAUCCUCUCACAGAACAUUGUUGUUUUUCUUACUAUGUGCUUGUUUUUAUGAAUACUUUUCCAAAUAUCCUAAAAAGCAAGUGUAUAGAAAAAAAAAGGAUUUCUACUUCUCAAUUUAAUUACAUUUUUACAUUAUAGAAUAUAAAAUAAGUACAUUUCAGCUUUGAGUAUUAAGCAGUAUGAUGUCGUAAUAACUUUUUCAGCUGGGAAUAAAAACAUUUAGCUGACAUGUCCGAUAUUUGGCAGUACAUGUGCUGUUAUAUGCAGAUGUCUUAAUCCAGUCCUUGGUAUUAAAUCUGAUCAAUCUUGGUUGAAAGCUCAUCCAGUGUUCAUUUACAGGUAUUCAUAUGGCAGCCAAAAUAUACUGCAGACAUAUACAGUAUGCCCAUGUAGGCUUCUUCAGCGUGAACCUAAAUGAUUUCCUUAAAAAUGACCUGUGACCUCUCGUCACCCGGCUGUUUUAGAAAAUACAGGUCUCCAACAAAAUAAUUCUGGAGCAUCUUUUCUUAUAGCUCUGUAUUGUGUUAGUCUUACUAGAAAAAUUUGACUACAUAGCCAUCUGAGUGUUACAAGUUUGGGGUGUCCAUAUGUUGUCUGAUACUAGCCAAUCAAAACUGACAGUGUAGAGAUGCACCUCCAACAGUGUAGAGAUGCACCCCCAACCUCUCCAACAGACCACUUAAUUGAGAAGAACAUUAUCUCCUUAUCGAGACGAUUUCAUGUGACAGAUUUUCAGUCCACCGUACAUUAUGCAUUGUGCCCUUUUCUUUGAGAAGACAACCUUCAUGGAAGAACACAUUUCAAUGAAAUUUUUCUGGUCUUCUCAAAGAGGUUUCACUGUAUUUACUACAACAGACUGAUCAGAUGCCACAAGUCAUUUUUCAAGCGAGGUUGCAGGGAACAGGAAGAUUUAGCCUAUUUUGACUGCUCUAGUGGCCAGUGUGAAAACUGUAACCUUUAAGAAACAAUUAUGUGGGUUGUCACAUAAACAAUAAAGA